UUGCAAACUUCUCCCUGUUUCGUGUUGCAACAAUGAGUGGAAAAUCCCUUCUCUUAAAGGUCAUUCUCUUGGGUGAUGGUGGAGUUGGGAAAAGCUCACUCAUGAAUCGUUAUGUAACCAACAAGUUCGACUCCCAGGCUUUCCACACUAUAGGGGUAGAGUUCUUAAAUCGAGAUCUGGAGGUAGAUGGACGCUUUGUGACACUUCAGAUUUGGGACACUGCAGGGCAGGAACGUUUCAAGAGCCUUAGAACACCAUUCUACAGGGGAGCAGACUGCUGCCUGCUGACCUUCAGUGUGGAUGACCGGCAGAGCUUCGAGAACCUUGGUAACUGGCAAAAAGAAUUCAUCUACUAUGCAGAUGUAAAGGACCCAGAGCAUUUCCCCUUUGUGGUUCUGGGUAAUAAGGUAGACAAAGAGGAUAGGCAAGUGACGACUGAGGAGGCACAAGCCUGGUGCCUGGAGAAUGGAAAUUACCCUUAUCUAGAAACAAGUGCCAAAGAUGAUACUAAUGUGACAGUGGCCUUUGAAGAAGCUGUUAGGCAGGUGUUAGCUGUAGAAGAACAGCUGGAACAUUGCAUGUUAGGUCACACCAUUGAUUUGAACAGCGGCUCCAAAGCAAGUUCUUCAUGCUGUUAG